AUGGCUGAUACUAUGAGCACCGAGGAGCAGGCACAACUGUUGAAGGACGCCAUUGCGACAAUCAAUUCCGAGACCCAGUUGAUGAAGAGAUGCCUUGAAACUCGAGGCAAACUGAUGGAUGCCCUGAAGCAUGCGUCGAACUUCCUCAUGGAGUUGAGAACAUCACAACUGACACCCAAGCAGUACUAUGAGCUGUACAUUAUGGUAUUUGACUCGCUGAACCUGCUUGCGGGUUAUCUCAGAGAUACACACCCGCACCACCACUUGGCUGAUCUGUACGAGCUGGUGCAGUACGCUGGCAACAUUGUUCCAAGGCUCUACCUCAUGAUCACCGUUGGUACGGUCUAUAUGACCACUGAAGAUGCUCCCGUUCAGGAGAUCUUGAAGGACAUGAUUGAGAUGUGCCGUGGUGUUCAGUACCCUAUCAGGGGUCUCUUCUUGAGAUACUAUCUCCAGCAGAGAACAAAGAACUUGUUACCAGAAUCCCAAGAGUCUGUCCAGUUUGUCAUCCAGAACUUCAUCGAGAUGAAUAAACUAUGGGUCAGAUUACAACACCAAGGUCCUUCGAAGGACAGGGCUAAAAGAACAAAGGAAAGGGAAGAGUUGAGGAUUCUUGUGGGCUCAAACCUCGUUAGACUGUCCCAAUUGGAUAACGAUAAGGAUUACUACAAGACACAGAUCCUGCCCAUUGUCCUAGAGCAGAUAAUUCAGUGCAAGGAUGUCUUAGCACAGGAAUAUCUUUUGGACGUUGUUAUCCAGGUGUUCCCAGAUGAGUACCAUCUAUAUACUCUGGAUGAGUACUUGAACUGUAUUAAGGAUCUAAAUCCAAACGUCAGCCUGAGAAAGGUCUUGAUCACACUCGUUAAUAGACUCACUGACUUUGCCAAAAGAGAAGAGAUCAACGACUUGUCAAUAUCUGAUGGGACUGAGCAACAUGAGAAGUUCAAGUUGGACUUCAAUCUCUUUGACAAGUUCUGGUUCUACAUCAAUGAGUUGGACAAGUCUAGAGAAUUGUCCAUUGAAGAGAUUGGCUCGCUUUUAGAGUCGGUUUCAAGACUAACAUUGGCUUAUUAUCCAAGUUGUUACGACAACAUUGAUCAGCUUUUCAAAUUCGCCACGGACAAGAUCAAAGACGUUGAUCCUUCGUCAACCGUUGAGAUAGAACAGGACUUUGAACAGUUGUUAUUAACACCUGUAAAGCUCUAUCCAAAGUUGUUGGACGUUUUGAAGCUGUCCAAUUUCAUCAACCUUUUGAAUUCGCAGACUUUGAAGACUCAAAAGAGUGUAAGCUUGGAGAUUUUGAAUAAACUACUCCUCCAGGGCAUCAAAAUCAAGACAGUUGACGACGUUACGGGGAUUUUUAAGCUGUUGAGAGUGAUAAUAACAAGUGUGGAUAAGGAACAGGAUGCCAACGGCGAAGAAUCAUUGGACUAUAUCAACGAACAAGAAAAACUGGCCAAAUUGGUCCAUUUGGUUUGGAACAAGGAUACGAAUGUCCAUGCCAACCUAUUGACAAGUGUUAAGGGUGUUUUGUCUGAGGGAAACAUCAGACACACUUAUCCGUCUUUGUUCUUCAACACCUUGAGACUUGCACGGAGAAACAAGAACGGAGAUCUGACGAAUUCGUUGUUCAAGUUCAUCUCCCGUAUCAUCAAUGACCUCUACAGGGUUGGCUUGAGCGACUUGAGCUUCAAGUUCUAUCUGUCAUCUGCUGUUAUCGCUGAUCAGAUCCAGGCAGAGGAAUUCGCCUAUGAAUUCUUUGCACAAUGCUUCACCAUCUAUGAGGAGUCUAUUUCGGAUUCACGCUCUCAGUACCAGGCCAUCGUCUCGAUCUCUGGCUCUUUACAACAGUGCAGAAACUUUUCUCGUGAUAACUACGACACAUUGAUCACCAAGACAGCACUACACAGCUCUAAGCUGCUGAAGAAGCCUGAUCAGUGUCGUGCUGUCUACUUGGCUUCACACUUAUGGUGGGGUGUUGAAAUCCCAGCCCUUGGGGAAGAGGAAGGUGUCACUGAAUUCUACAGAGAUGGCAAACGUGUGUUGGAAUGUCUUCAGAGAUCGUUGCGUGUCGCUGACAUGUGUAUGGAUAGCGGUGUCUCUAUCGAAUUGUUUGUUGAGAUAUUGAACAGAUGCCUCUACUACUUCAUCCAUGGCAAUGAGAGCAUCAGCAUCAAGUACAUCAAUGGGCUGAUUGAGCUGAUCCAGACAAACAUUGACACCCUAUCGCAGGAGAACAGUGUCAAUGAGAACCCAAAGAAGCACUUUGAGAGAACGUUGGAGUACAUCACAUCUCAGAAGGAUAUCGAUGAUAGAUUCCAACUGAUAACAUGGUAG